AGUCCGGAAGGAAUCGUGGCGCUGCCGCCCCCUCAGGCCGCUGACCCUCCCCUGAUGGUGUGAAGACGCCCCCUCUCCGGCCACCGUCCGCUCCGAAGUCUGGCGCCAUGAACCUGCUGCCGGCCAACCCGCACGGGAACGGGCUCCUCUUCGCCGGCUUCAACCAAGACCACGGGUGCUUUGCAUGUGGGAUGGAAAAUGGAUUUAGAGUGUUUAAUGCGGAUCCACUGAAGGAGAAGGAGAAGCAAGAAUUUCUAGAAGGAGGGGUUGGCCAUGUUGAAAUGUUGUUUCGAUGCAACUAUUUAGCUUUGGUCGGUGGAGGAAAAAAGCCCAAAUAUCCACCUAAUAAAGUGAUGAUCUGGGAUGAUCUGAAAAAGAAGACCGUUAUUGAAAUAGAGUUUUCCACAGAAGUCAAAGCAGUUAAGCUUCGAAGAGACAGAAUUGUGGUAGUUCUGGAUUCGAUGAUUAAAGUUUUCACAUUCACGCACAAUCCUCACCAGUUGCAUGUCUUUGAAACCUGCUAUAACCCAAAAGGUCUCUGUGUACUGUGUCCGAACAGUAAUAAUUCCCUGCUUGCAUUCCCUGGAACGCAUACUGGACAUGUACAGAUUGUGGAUUUGGCAAACACAGAAAAACCUCCUGUAGAUAUACCUGCUCAUGAAGGAGUCUUGAGCUGCAUAGCUCUCAACCUGCAGGGAACAAGGAUUGCUACAGCAUCAGAAAAAGGAACCCUCAUAAGAAUAUUUGACACAUCAUCAGGGCAUUUAAUCCAAGAGCUGCGUAGAGGGUCUCAGGCUGCCAAUAUCUACUGUAUUAACUUCAACCAAGAUGCUUCUCUCAUCUGUGUGUCGAGUGACCAUGCCACAGUGCACAUAUUUGCAGCAGAGGAUCCAAAAAGGAACAAGCAGUCAAGUUUAGCAUCAGCCAGUUUCCUGCCCAAAUACUUCAGUUCCAAAUGGAGUUUUUCCAAAUUUCAGGUUCCCUCUGGUUCCCCUUGCAUCUGUGCCUUUGGAACAGAGCCGAAUUCUGUCCUAGCAAUCUGUGCAGAUGGCAGCUACUACAAAUUUUUAUUUAACCAAAAAGGCGAAUGCUCCAGGGAUGUCUAUGCUCAGUUCCUAGAAAUGACUGAUGACAAACUUUGACUGCGCGGACGGAAGUAUUGAAGGAAGAGGGGGAGGGAGGUGAAUGUAUUCCUCUCCCUCUCUGAAGAGACAGCCUCUAACUACCCCAGCAGUCAACAGUGCUGCUCAGGAUGGGACAGAAGAUCUGAAGAAGUCCAGGUCAACACAAUCAGACCCAGCUGCAAGGCAGAGGACUAAUACAGCACAUGCUGUCAACAACUGGUUUUAAAUGUUAGUUUUGACUGCUGCUGUUCUUCAGUUUUCUUAAAGUUUCAAUCACCUUUCUGUAACUAACUUGUGAAGCUUAUUGUAUGUCAUGGUAGGGUUUUAAGCAUUUCUUAUUUCUCAGAAAGAUACAAAAAAAGUAUCAUGGUUGUAGGGCACUAGGAAAGAUAUGCCAGACAACUUGGAAUGUUUAUACCAGCAGUUUCUGCCUUUACAAAUGUCUGUUUCCUCAUCAUCUUUUAAUACACGGAA